CCCCCAUCGAGCUCAACUCUAUCCUUGUCUAAACAACCCAUUGAGUUCUUUCCUCAACAUCUCCUUUCCCCCCCACCGCUGUCUCUCCCCUUCCACCUCCUCCUCGUUCCAAACCUCCAUCUGCAUGCUUUUCACGCGGCCCACAACCUGCUUUACAGAUUCAAACUCCCUAACUAUCUCCGGCGCAAUGUUGCCCGUCUUACUCUCCUGCAACCCUCUCUCGCGUUCCUCCAGAGCCCGCAGGUGAUACCUCUUCAAGUACUCCACGCCCAUUUCUCCGCCAGUGUAGAGUGGCGUGGGAGCCCUUACGUCAGAUUCCAGGCGCUGGUGGUGCAUUUUUGGCGGAGUGCUCAUUGUCAUUCGACGGUCAUUAUACGCCAGAAUAGCCUCUGGGAUAGCAGAAAUUGAAGCACAAACAUGUGUUAGUUGUGACGGUAGCUUUUGCUCUUCCGGUACCGAUUGUUGUGAGGAUGGAACGAGCAGGUGUCUGGCAUUUUUAAUAGGCAGCAUAUCAACCUCAGACUCCGCGGCGGCGGAUGAUGUUGUUGUCGAAAGAUGAACUUGCUCGCGUUCCCUUCCGUUGGGAAGCUGCCUCAUCCAUCGCGGGAUCGGUUUGGUGGGACUCGGCUGGAAGGAUGGCCCGUUUAUGGGAUCUGUGAUUGUGAUAUAAACUGGUGGUGGUGAAGCUGGAGAUCCAUGUUCCCCGUUAUAACUGAUAGAUCCUGCAGCUGCACUAGUCUGCGAGCGAGACUCUGCCUCAACUUCCUUCUGCGCCUGAGAUACACCAGAGAGCGUCUCAUUCGAAACACAGCCAUGGUUAGACUCCAUAAGACGCUCCCACCUCGCUUUCCCCAGUCCUCCAUCCCUCCUAUCAAUUUCCCUUCCAACCCCGUCUCCCUCCAACCCUCCCUCUGCACACCCCCCACAAACAGGCACCACAUCCAACUCUUCCUCCCCCUCCCCAAUCCUCAACCUCUCGCCACAAAUCAAACACCCAAAACAAUGCCGAUGCCAAAAGCACCAGCCCAAACUAACCGCCUCCUCCGCCCUAACCACCACCUCGCCGCAGACCCAACAUAUCGCCAGGUUCAGGAUUUGCUCAUAGCAGGAGGGACAGCAGAUGCGGGAUUCGAUGCCGAGGGUUUUGAGGGGGGUGGGGGGGUGUUGGGGAAGCCAGCAGAAGGUGCAGAGGAAGCUUGAGGCAGGGGGCAUGGUGGGGUUUGGGUGAUUGAGAAGCGCAGUUGGGUGGAUGGAUCACGAUGGUUCAGCCGCUGGAGGAGGGAGACUGAGAUACUGUAGCAGACUUUCAAAAAUUGAAAGCCUUUCCGUUGAAAUAGGAGUAAGUAGUGGUCGAGGACCAGCGAAAAAGGGGGUUUCAAAGAUGAAUCAACGACGGAUUCCACAACGGGUUCGUAUCAGUCUCCUACUUAAACGAUUAACAGGUAAAAAUACCUAAAAAUUAAUCAUACUAAUAUCCAAUAAUAACGAGCGUGGUAGCAGCUAAUCAGGGCUGUACUGGUGUACCAAAUGAGUGAAGUGCUGUAGAGCAUCGAAUUAUUACAGGCGACUGUCAUGGCGACGGAGUACAUAAUCCCCGAUUUCGCAGUCUGUUGGAGAGGCAGGUGCAGAAGGGGCAACGCGGUCCACUUCUCGCGAAAGGAGGGCAGGAACCAAGGCACAAUGGAAGUCCCGAUGGAAGGAAGGCAUGAUGAGAGAGAGGAAGGCACGACGAGUGACGAAGGCACG